UAGCUUAGCCCUGAAGGCAGCGGACUGAAGGGAGGUGCGAUGGAUGGAUGUGUUGCCCCGCUACGUUGUACAUAUUUGUCUUAGUUAAAACAGUAUGCGCCCUCUCCGACAUAUCCCCCCCUCAGAUAUGCUCCGCGCCGUUGCGGAGGGCUGUUAGUUCGUUAAUAAAUGAUCGAGGAGCAACGGUUUUUCCUUAUAGUUUGAAGAUUAACGCUAGCCGAGGCUGUUGAAGCGGCUAUACGGCUAGCUCCUCCUUGCUGUCUGCCAUCGCAUUCUUGUCUCUCCUGCCUCAGGAAUGUUCUCCAAAAAACCUCAUGGAGACGUUAAGAAAUCAACACAGAAAGUGUUGGACCCGAAGAAGGACGUGCUGACGAGGCUCAAGCAUCUCAGAAUAGUCAUAGAAAAUGCAGAGCCUGCAGAGCUGAAACAGUUCUUUGACCUGAAUUAUUCCCAUAUCUACUAUGUGUUCUUUGAGAACUUUGUCACCAUUGAGGUCAGCCUCAAGCAAAAAGGUCAUAAGUCGCAGAGGGAGGAGCUGGACUCAAUCCUCUUCAUUUUUGAGAAAAUCCUCCAGCUCCUGCCAGAGAGAAUCCAGAGCCGAUGGCAGUUCCACAGCAUUGGGCUGAUCCUCAAGAAGCUGUUGCACACUGGGAACUCUCUAAAGAUCCGUCGUGAAGGCGUGCGCUUGUUCUUGUUAUGGAUGCAGGCAUUACAGAGUAAUGCAGAGCGUGAGCAGCUCUGCAUGUUUGCCUGUUUGAUUCCUGGUUUCCCAGCUCCACUCUGCCAUGGGACUCCACGCACCCUCGAUACUCUGAUCAACCCACCGCUGACUUUGGCUGAGACUCAGGUGACCCCAGAAGAGAUCACUCCCCUGGUUCCUCCCCAGUCAGGUGACAAAAACCAAGAAGACCUCAAUGCCUACUUUCUAGAAGCUCUACUGAAAUACAUGGUAAACCAGGCAAAGUCUCUCGAGUGGCGGUGUAAAGAGAACCAUGAACGUGGCUUCAGCUUCCUCUUUGGUCACUUCAGGAAGUUUUACCUUCCUCACAUCUUUCCCAACUUCGCUAUGGAAACCAGCCUCUACAACCCCAUGUUGGAUGUGCCUCCAAUGCGUCCUAAGCCGUACUACAGUGUGGUGCGCAGAGAGCAGGAUGGCGGUGAAACACUGUACUGCACCAAGGAGAGUUUCCUACAAGCCCGAGUCAUCUUCAUCCGCUGGCUGGUUUCCUUCUGGCUGGAACCUCGACCCAACACACAGACACACAUCCCAGGAACAGAGGGAGAGAAUGUUCCCAAGAACAUACAGCGAGCAGCCGCAGGACUGGCUGCUCGAUCUGCAGGUAGCUCAGACGACAGCGGUGGAGGUGGGCUUCGGUCUGACAGCCACCUGGAAGGCAGCAUGGGCUCAUCUGGACCAGGAGGAGGUAGCAUGGGGCUCUCUGGAGGUCCAGGGACUGUGGGUGAACCUGAGCAAAGCCACUCCAACACAUCUACACUGACGGAGAGAGAGCCCAGUUCCUCCUCACUCUGCUCCAUGGACGAAGAACAGCUGACAGACAUGGAGGUGGUGAGGAGAGUGCUGACCAGCUCCAGAACCAACGUCAACUUCAUCACGGAGAUCUUUAGACAGGCUUUUCUACUUCCCAUGUGCGAGGCAGCAGCAAUGCGAAAAGUGGUCCGUGUUUACCAGGAGUGGAUCUCCAUGGAGGACAAGCCAGUGUUUAUGAAGGAACCUGAGGAGGGCCCUUAUCCUGUAGCCACAGGUGGCAGUCUGGAUUCAGGCUCUCAACUCGGAGACAAAGAAGAUGAGGCAAUGAACAAAGUGAUCGACAAUGAGUUACUGGAGUACAGUGUUCAUGCUGGAGUUCAGACUACACUACAGGUAUUUAUAACCCACUCCUCCAAUGUCUUCUUACUGGAACCAGCCAAUGAUAUCAAGAUCCUUUUAGAGGAGCAUGUUGACAUGUGCAAACGAGUCCUGAACAUCUACCGCAGCCUUGUCAUGCAUGAAACCAUGGACCAGAAAACAUGGGAACAAAUCCUCCUGGUUCUGCUGAGAGUGACAGAAUCAGUGAUGAAAAGGCCUCCAUCCAUCAUGCCUCCAGGCAAGAAGAACAACACACUGUCAGGCAGAUUGGCUGGACCCAUCUUUCAGACACUUAUUGUAGCCUGGAUUAAGGGGAACUUAAACGUCUAUAUCAGCAGAGAACUGUGGGAUGAUCUCCUCUCAGUCCUCUCCUCCCUAACCUGCUGGGAGGAGCUGGUCACUGAGUGGUCACUCACCAUGGAGACCCUCACAAAGGUGUUGGCAAGGAACCUGUACAGUGUUGAUCUGAAUGAGCUGCCUCUGGACAAACUCAGUGAACAAAAACAGAAGAAACAUAAAGGAAAAGGUAUCGGUUCAGAGGGCCAGCGACAGAUUGUGGAUCGUUCCUUCUCCAAAGGCUGGAGCAGAGACCAGCCAGGUCAGGCAGCAGCCAUGAGGCAGCGAAGCGCCACAACUGCUGGCUCACCAGGCAUCGAAAAAGCCCGAAGUAUUGUCCGUCAGAAGACUGUGGCCCUGCGUAGCUGCUCUACGGGGGACUCUCUGCUGUCCUCAGCCUUUAUUCGCAGUGCUAAGAGUGCUCCUGCUCUGGCUCCGCCUCUUCCUGUCCUCCUCCACCACCACCACCCUUUACUACCCCCCCUUGCUGACCAGCUGGCAGACCUUGAGGACCCUCCCAUCACGCUGACAUCCCGCACCUCUCGGAUGCGCCACUCAUCCCAGAGCGACGAGGCCCCUCCCACCUCCUGUUCUGAGGUCUUCCAGGGAGUGGCCUGUGACCUGGAUGCCCCAGCCCCAUCCUCCCUCGCAAGGAGCAGCAGUGCCUCAGACAUCAUGGAGCCUUUCAUCGCUGAGCGGGUCAAAGGUGAAGACCCACAGGGGGAUCCCACUUCAAUCCCAAAUCCCCCCCCCCACCACUCCACAACUUCUUCCUUACUUGCAGCCAACAGCCACGCAGCACAACCACUCUCACAAUCCAUCACCUCCCCUUCUCCCACCGCUUUUACCUUGUCCAAUGGUGUUGUUUCCUCGUCCUCAACGGGACAAGAUGUUGGUAGUGUUUAUGACCAAUUCUGGCCCCAGAGUGGCUCUCAAAACCGAGGUUCUAGUUCUGAUUGGGUAAGCGACUGGGACUCUGCCUUCACCUUUUCAUCUGAAAAGGAAACUGAUGCAGAAGAGGGUGAAUGUGCAGCUGCAGAAGAAGAUGAUUUAUUCUCCUCAAUCAGAGAAUACCUCACUCACAAAGGAGGUGAAAGAAAGGAGGAGGCUGGGGGAAGAGAUAGUCCUGCUCAUACAUUAGAAAACAGUGUUACUUCACCUUCACAGGUGCUAACAGGGGUAGCUAGAACACAACUGGACAAUACAGGACAGCUGGGAGAAGCAAAACAGGUGGUAAGAGAUGACAGACAGGUAAGUAAAUCAGUCAGACACAGCAGUGUGGAUUCCACAGAGGAGAAUGAGGCAGAGCAGCGGAGUAUCUAUGAGUGCCUUGAGUUGCAGUGUCAGUGGCCAUCACCCCAUGCUAAGGGGAGUGCUAGCUUGGAAAGGAAUAUGGGGGAGAAAAAGGGAGUAGGAGGAAAUGCUGGAAGGGCAACAGGAUGGGAAGGGAAAUUUGACAUGUGGAGUGAAAUAGGAGAAGGGAAACAAGAUGAUAAAGAAACAGCAGCAAACGACAAGUCCAGUUUAAUUAGAGAAGAUACCAACACAGUUGAAUCGAGCAUUGAAUUGACUCCCCAGGCUUCAGACCCAACUAAGGCCAAAAUGUCCCGUAGUAGCACCAAAAGGCACCAUUGUGGGGGUGUCCAUGUCAGCUUCCGACCCUCGACUGAGUCUGUCCAGUUCCACAACCCACUUGAGAAUAAGGAGGCCCACUGGAAAGCCAGACUCCGUCGACUCAGUCACUUCCACACGCAUAGCCACUCAGCUGGGGAGAGACCAGGGGCUGGAGCUGGGGCGGGGUCAGGGGGGAAGCUGGGAGCAGGGGGUGCAGGUAAGUUUGGCUCUGUGGCUGGAAUUAGCCAUAAAACAGGGGCACACGAGAAACUGUCACCUGGAACUGUUAUGGAUAGCAGCAGGGCAGGGGGCACAGUAGGUGCUGGAGGCCUGGAAAACAGGGCUGGGACAGGAGGGGACAAGGAAAAGCAACAUCCUGGAUCCUGUGUGGGAUCCAGCAUGGGCCCUGAGGUCCACUCAGAGGUUUUAUCAAGUAGUUCAAGUUCCUCUGGCAUAUCGUCAGGAGUGCGCGGACGUCUGGGGCGUUCAGCCUUGCGAUCUCGAGCCUCCCGCUCACGCUCCCAGGAGCCAGGCAGCACUGCCUCACGACACCACCAGGGGGCUAUUCUUGGUGGUGUCUAUAAGACUGUGGUUCACGCCCUGUCCUCCAAGCCUCGGCCCAGAGGCCAGGGGUCAUCCCAAGGCUCAUCGCCACAGCGGCAGGGCCGGGCAGCCAUGGGUGAUGCAUCACUAAGGGACCUCUACUCCCAUGUCCUGGGCUACUUUGGACGAAAGACGACCACGCCAGCCAACAAAGAGGAGGUGGUCCAGAAGGCCCGUCCAGUCUCCAGUGACGUAGGAAGCAGUAACCCAAACUUCUCUGACCUCAUGGAUGAGUUUAUCCAGGAGAGACUGAGGGCCAAAGGAACUGCGGGUCGUCGUGGCAGCAGCCCAGGAAGCCUGGAGGUUCCCAGGGACCUGCCGGAGCUCCUGGAUGCUGGUCAGAGUCCCGGAUCACGACCCUCAGAUGACCUUCGUCCUAUUGAUGACCCGGGGGUUCCCUCUGAGUGGACAUCACCUGCUAGUGCCAGUGGUUCUGAUGUCAUCAGCUCUGACAGCCAAUCAGACUCCUUUAAUGCCUUUCAGUACUCCACCUGCAAAUUUGACAAUUUUACUUUUAAUUCCGAGGCCUGUGCAGGAGGAGUUGGAUCUGGUGGAGGAGGAGGAGGUCGAGGCAGCUCCCUGGACCAGGACAGUUUGGGUGGGGGCAUGGCUUGUGAAGAGCAGGAAGUAGCCAGUUUGACAACACUUCAUAUCGACUCAGAGACCAGCAGCCUCAGCCACACUGUCACUGUUACCGGUUCUGAGAGUGCAUCGCCCAUGCAUUCCCUUGGGUGCUCUCGCUCCCAGACACCCUCUCCUGCCACACUGACAGCAGAACACACUGAUCACACACACUCCCGUUCGCACACACAUUUGCAGCUGGAUCAGAAGCUCCAUAACUCUGUCCUCCAGACCCCCGAUGAUCUGGAAACAAGUGAGUUCCCCAGCGAGGACUGCAGUGUGAUGGCAGGCGGUUCUCUAACUGGAUGGCAUGCAGAUGUUGCCACAGUAAUGUGGAGGAGGAUGCUGGGUAUCCUGGGGGAUGUCAACUGCAUCAAGGACCCGGAGAUUCAUGCUCAAGUGUUUGACUAUCUGUGUGAACUGUGGCAAAACCUGGCCAAGAUCAGGGAUAAUUUGGGCAUUUCUCUGGACAACCAGUCGUCGCCACCACCUCCUGUUCUGAUCCCACCCCUGAGAAUCCUCACCCCCUGGCUCUUCAAGGCCACGAUGCUGACGGAGCGUUACAAGCAGGGGAAGCUUCAUGCCUACAAGCUGAUCUGCAGGAUCAUGAAGAGACGGCAAGAUGUUUCCCCAAACUCUGACUUUCUCACACACUUCUACAACAUCAUGCACCAAGGACUGCUGCACCAAGACCAGGAUAUUGUGAACACCAUUAUCAAGCACUGCAGUCCCAGGUUCUUCAGUAUUGGUCUACCUGGAGCCACCAUGCUGAUCCUGGACUUCAUCAUUGCAGCUUCCCGAGUCACUGCCUGCUCAUCACUAAAUGCUCCAAGAGUGGAGGCCCAGAUCCUUCUUGGAUCUCUGGUUUGUUUUCCCAACUUGUAUGGGGAGCUUCCAGCCCUCCACCCCACCACAGCUGAUGUGGUGCUGACCAAGUUCCCUGAUGUCAAGGAGCACAUUAUCAAAACCAUCCUGACCUCUGCCAGGGAUGAACCCUCUGCUCCUGCUAGGUGUGUGGCUCUGUGCAGUCUGGGUAUCUGGCUGUGUGAAGAGUUGGCUCAUGGGACUCAACAUCCACAGAUUAAAGAUGCUCUCAAUGUCAUCUGUGUUACCUUGAAGUACCCCAAUAAGAAUGUUGCACUGGUGGCAUCAGACAUCCUUCACCUCCUGAUCAGUCAUGUGGAUCAUCUUCAGAAGUUCCCACCUGACACUCCAAAGAAGAUCGUAGAGAUUUUGAUCGCCACCAUCACAUACUUGCUGCCCACUACUGAGUCCUCUCCUCAUGAACUAGACAAGAGGCUGGUGGUUUCCCUCCUGUUGUGUUUGUUGGACUGGGUGAUGGCUCUGCCUCCGAAGACUCUUCUUCAGCCUGUACAGACGCGAAGCCCCCCAGAGAGAGACCAACCUACCAAGACCCUGCUCAGCUGUAUUUAUAAGGUAUUACACGGUUGUGUGUAUGGAGCACAGUCUUUCAACAGUCCAAAGUAUUAUCCGCUGCAGCUGUCGGAUCUGUUGAGUCCCGACUAUGACCCAUUCCUGCCAUUAGAAAGCCUCCGAGAACCAGAACCACUGCACAGCCCCGACUCAGAACGCUCCAGCAAACUGCAGCCUGUCACCGAAGUUCGUAGCCGUAUUCAGCAGGGCCUGGUUUCCAUCGCAGCCAGAACAGUAAUUACCCACCUGGUCAACCAUCUAGGACAUUAUCCCAUGUCUGGAGGGCCUGCUACUCUGUCUAGUCAGGUGUGUGAGAACCAAGACAACCCAUUCUGUGAGAGUGCAGAUCUUGGACCAGAACUUUUCCAUUCACCAAACCUACAGUUUCUGGUGCUAAACGGCUCCACAUUGCUCUCAGUGCUACAGAUCCGAUCAGAGUCUGGUGUGCCAGGAGGCGGAAUGACAGCUGGCUUGUCGUCCGCUCCUGCUAGUGUUCGUGUCAUCAUCCGAGAUGUUGCUGGAAAACACUCCUGGGACUCAGCCGUCCUCUACGGGCCUCCACCUUGUUCCCCAAACAGUCCGACACACACACUUCUAACACACACACAGUCACCGCACAGUGCGAAUCUUCAUUUACGCACCCCACCAGGAGGUCCGCCGAAAAAGAUGGGAGUGAAAAGAGAAGAUAGCGAGGAAGAUGGGCAGGAGGAGAGGGGGCCAGAGGAGGGAGGAAGAGGGACAGAGGGUGACAGGCAAGAGUUUCAGGGAGAGGGGGAGGAGGAAGAGGAGAAAAGGAAGGCCAGAGAGGAGGAGAAGGAAGAUCAGAAAGGAGGUGAAGAUGGAGAACAAGGAGAUGAGGAGGAGCAGGAGGAGGAGAAGGAUGAGCAUGGAUUGGAUGGGGAUGGGGAUCGAGGGAAGUCGGCCUUGGAGCAGCUUCUAGCUCCACCAUUGGCUAAACGUGUGUGUCGGGAGGCGGUGCCAGCGUGGGACUCACUGAGAGAAGGAGACGAUGCAUUGGAUGAAAUGCUGCAGUACCUCGGAUACUCAAGUCCUGAGUGUCUGCAGAGAGCAGGAAUGCCGCUCAACAUCCCAGCCCCUCCUCCAGCGUGUGUUUCAGAGAAGCAGGAGAACGAUGUGAUCAAUGCCAUCCUGAAGCAGAGUGCUGACGAGCGAGAGUUUGUUCUUCAUAGAGGUGAGGAGUUGAACAUGAGAGCGGUGCAGCAGACUGAACCAGAGACUCAGACGCCACAGUCAGCCUUCUACUACUGCAGACUGCUGAUCAACAUAUUGGGACUGAACUCCUGGGAGAAGAGGAGCAACUUUCAUUUGUUGAGAAAGAAUGAGAAAUUACUGAGAGAGCUGAAGAAUCUGGACUCAAGGCAGUGCCGUGAGACCCAUAAGAUUGCAGUAUUUUAUGUUGCUGAAGGCCAAGAAGAUAAACACUCCAUCCUGAUGAACACAGCGGGCAGCCAGGCUUAUGAGGACUUUGUCUCUGGACUGGGCUGGGAGGUGGACCUCACCACUCACUGUGGCUUCAUGGGAGGCCUUCAGAGAAAUCGCAGCACAGGCCAAACCACGCCUUACUACGCCACUUCCACUACCGAGGUCAUCUACCAUGUCUCCACUCGCAUGCCCCACGACCAGGACCACAACCUCACCAAGAAGCUUCGACACCUGGGCAACGACGAAGUCCACAUCGUUUGGUCGGAGCAUUCCAGAGACUACCGCAGAGGGAUCAUUCCCACUGAGUUUGGAGAUGUGUUGAUCAUCAUCUACCCCAUGAAGAACCACAUGUAUUCCAUCCAUAUCCUCAAAAAACCAGAGGUGCCGUUCUUUGGUCCGCUGUUUGAUGGUGCCAUCGUGGAUAUGAAGAUUUUGCCGACCAUGGUCAGAGCCACAGCUAUCAAUGCAAGCCGAGCUCUCAAAUCCCUCAUUCCCCUGUACCAGAACUUCUAUGAGGAGCGAGCCAGAUACCUAGAAACCAUCGUGCAGCACCACCAGGAGCCGACCACGUUCGAGGAUUAUGCGGCUCGAGUCUACAGUCCUGCUCCCUGUACUCACCUGCCCUCAGACACAGAGGAGCAUAGUGUUUUGUAUCUGAUGGUCCCUAAACCACUAGACAGCUUUAACCUGCUCAGGGUGAAGGGGAAAGGUCUGAAGCAGAAGGUCCUCCAUGCUAGCUGUGAAUGGCUCCUGCCUCGAGAUUCUUCGGGGAGAAAGUCCGGCUCUUGGGGAGGCCGGGAGCGACUCGGCGUCCCCCAUGUCUCCUCGGACUAGCAAGAGCCGCAUGUCCAUGAAGCUGCGACGCUCCUCCGGAUCGGCCAACAAGACCUGAGCUCCCUAGAUUCCACGGCUCGGACGGAACGGACACUUCAUAUCGUAUUAGGAAAUAAAAGCUUUGCUGUCCCUAAACAAAUUCAAAUUAACCGCUUUGGGAAAACAUACAUAUUCCUGAUGAUUAUGAUGACUGUUCUCAGAAAUUAACCAUCAGAGGUGUCCAUAGAUUUUAACCCAGCUUCUUCAGCAUGCUGCAUUUCUGAUUGCACACUGGCCUUUUAUGCACAGUAACUCAGUCACACAUGCUCUGUUGUACUCUCUACAAAUACAUGUAGUCAUAUUCUGUGGAAUAUACUAUACUAAGACUUUAUCUGAAAGUGUUCACAGAUGUUGUAUGUAUCUGCAGCUUUGCUUAAAAAACCAUAGAAACCAGUAGAACCAGUGCUGCAGCAUGCUGAUGUUUGUCACAGUAGAAGGUUCAGCCUUAGCAGUGCAGUGUUAGUUCAUAACAAUCUGUGCCAUGUUAGAAAGCACACAAAUGGCAGUGUAGCCAGGACUGCAAAAAGCUUAAGUGUGCCACAAUUUCCUCUGCUCUGUAAACGGCUGAUGGAGAGCACAUUCAGCGAGGUCAAACUGCACAGCAAAGAAAAGCAGAGUCUGUGUUGUUGAAUGUUGCUGAGGGAAUCUGUAUAUUUGUACUGUAGCCAGUGUGAGUGUGUACAGACAGGAACAGGAGGGCUGCAUGGAGAAAGCAAGAUAAAAGUCUAUUUUUGUUGUCAGUGCAUCACAGAUGCGUAGAGAUGAAAGCAGGGUUGGUGUCUUCUCCUUAAAAUGUAAAUACAAAUUCAUUCAUUUGCUAACAAUAACAAAAACAACGUUCUCAAGUAGCCAAAACUGUUCUUUCCCAUCGUUUGAAUCCAGAAUAAAAUCCCCGCCCAAACUCUGAAAGCGAGCUGACCCUCCCGAUGUAAGGAACGGUGUUUUAGAAUGGAUGGGAAAAAAACUGUUUGUGGGACAUUAUUAUUGUCAAGAUAAACUGAUCAAAGCGGAAGCACUUGUUACACAAAGUUUAUUGUGGCUUUUCUUUUGUUCUCGCUCAUGCUGUAAAAUGUGGACAAGCACUGAUGUUCAUUGAAUUUAUUUUCUUUCUUUUUUUUUUGCUCAUUUUUUUAAAAAAAAUUUGACUGUAAAUUGUGUUUUGACCCGAACAAGAAUGCUGUAUUUUUAGUCUCUCUGUCAUCCAAGGUGAGAAACCACAGCUGUUUGUUCUUUGACUACAUAUAUAUAUUCUGUAUAUCUAUAUAUGUAUGAGUAUAAAUAUAUAUAUAUAGUAGAUCUAUGAAUAUCUCUAAGAAUGUGUACAGUGUGAGGAAGCUUGUUGUGUAUAUAUACGGUUAUUUGAAAAUAGCUGCCAAAGCCAAACUGUGGUCAAACCUCAGACCACGUAUUUGCUAAAAAAAAAAAAAAUAAUAGGUCAACACUACAAGAUUUCAAACUUCAGCAGUCUGCACUUCAUUCUGUAGAAAUUUAAAGGGGAUCUUAUUUUACUCAUUUCAGUUCAGUGCUCAGCCGUGGAGCCACAGCCAGAUUCUGGAAAAUCAAAGGAAAACUUACCUUUGUUUCCCCCUUCAAACAUGAAUUAUUGUAAAGGUGGAGGCCUCAUGUGAAACCCCUGAAUACUGUAUGAACACUUAAGCUACAAAUUUAGGGUUCUUUUGGGUUCAGAGUACGCCUAAGACAAGUUUAGGCCUUUAGUGUUUAAUGAGCCCCUGUAUCUUUCUUUUGGAGGCAAUUUAAAGGCAACAAAUCAGAGUGUACAAACGAGAGACCUAUAGCCAAAAAGGGGUAGCAGAAAGACAUGAGUUUAUUACCAUUUUUUUUUCUUUUUUGUGUGUAAUUUUAACAUUAAAUCCACUUUUCUUUUUCAGACUCGUCCCCAGUUUCACUUGUGAAUGGAGGGGAUCAGCAUAUGAUUACAGUGUUUUGUGGUUUUCUGUGUUUCACCACUCCAUCAGUUCAGUAUAUAUAAAACUGACUAAUGGCCCCAAAAAUUCACGUGAGAACUGCAAAGUUUCUCUCUAAGAGUCAAAGCUGUGGCUUUUCAGGGUUUGUCACAAUUGAGUACUUUUUCAUUCAUUUUACAUGACGGCUUGUUACUUCAUUUUUUCCUGGCCUGACUGAUCCCUGAUAGAGGUCUUGAAGUCUGUGUGUACACAGCUGUAUUGUUUUGUUUAUUUUUUAUUUUUGUUGCAGCCAUAGAUUCUCUCUAGAGAGGAAAGGGAUUGUACAACUUCUUUUUUUCUUAUUUAAACCCCUUAUGUGGGGUUGGAAAUUGUUCAUUUUAAAAAAUGCCAUUGUAAGAUGAGGUCAGAUUCACGUGCUGUUACUUUGUGUGUGAGUGUUUGAAGUCAGCUGGGAUUUGAGUUUGUCCCUUUAAAUUAUUGCUGUUGCAGUUGUUCUUAUUGCUGAGUUGGAAGCGCCGUGGAUGGGUUAAAUGAUCUGUACAUGCUGUAAAUACACUACAGAUUGCUGACUGUGUCCCGGUUUGUUUGGUUACAUCCCGUAAACACUCUGACAGCCUGUUCGGUCUACAUCCCAAACGCCGUCCCAGUCCCUACGCCACACAGCAACGCCUCCUUUAAGCUCUAACAUUAAAAUCCCUGCGACUCUGUUUGACGACUGGAGUCCAGACACUGCUUUAAACAUAGUUUUAUAGAUUGUAAAUACUCGUCAGGAUUGCAUUUUGGUAAUAAUAACCUGUGUUUAGUGCAAAAGCUCUCAUUAGCAAGAACCAAAAUUUUAAAAAUUCAUAUCGGCGACACUCCGCCAGUCAGACUGUGCACGUUUCAGCCUUUUUGUUCCAAAUCUGACCUCUCUGGGGGUUUUUUUGUGAGGAAAAGUUCGACUCCCUCCAUGUUUGAGCUGCAGCAGCAUCGGUUGCCCCUCAUCAAUAAAUGCGUUCAACUCGUGUGCCUGUCAGUGGAUCUCUGAACGCGAUGGAUACGGGUUCAGCUGUCGUCCACAUGUUAGUUUGGGACGGACCUGAUAUAUGUAACUACUGAUUAUACAUCCUGCAUGACACCAGUCCAGUACUAACUGCAUGUUUUGACCGGCUGUAUCACCACACACACACACACACACACACACUCGCUCCACAAGCUAUGUUACUGUCAAACCUGUAGUAUGUAAACAUGUGGAACGUCUGUUUAAGACGCACACAGUGUGGAUGUGCGAUGAUGGAAUUUGACAAUAAAUGAUUCGUACCAA